CUUCCGCUCGGGUUUCCUUUAUGUUGGCGGUGGGGUCCCCGGCUCUCUCCAGAGCUCUCUAAACACAGUAAGAAGACAACAUCUCCAGCAUCACCGGCAGGGCAACAGCAAACCAUCAGUUACCGAUACAGCGCCAGGAUUACCCAGAAAAGACCCGUCUAGUGCAACUUGUGACAGUCACUUUCAAUCGGUGAAUUUCCUGGAAAUUUUUGCUGCCCGUUCUUGGGUUUCAUCCCCUUCCUUCUUUGAGGCACUAUGUCGGAGAUUUUACCCUACAGCGAGGACAAGAUGGCUCAUUUCGGCGGCGAGAGUGAAGUCGGUCAGCUCUCUUUCAGCUGUCGCCUCCAGGACACCAACACCUUCUUUGGAGGCUCUCAGCCCAAGAGACCCCCCAAACUGGCACAGAUUGGCAGAGCCAAGCGAGUUGUGAUCGAAGACGACAGAAUAGAUGAUGUUCUGAAGGGAAGGGAAGACAAAACCUCGUCUGGAGUGUAAUCAGAAAGGGUGCUACCCUGACUCCCAAACUUUUUAACUAUUUUAAAGCACUUUUGGGCUGUGCAUGCGUUUAUGGAUUGUCCAGAGAGAUUUUGGGGCUUGCUGACGAAUCUCCAAUCCAAACAAAUGCACACAAAAUUGAGGAGCUGUCAAUAUCAGCACCAUUCGGUUUAUCCAAGGCACACACAGAUCAAGUAGCUGUCCAUUUCAAAAUUCCAGUCCAAGCGAACGCACAGAAAUGGAGGGACCAGGUCAUUACAGCAGCAACACUGUCAUUUAAGCCAAUGCACGGAGAUUCCCGAGCGGUGCACUUCACAACCAUCAAUUUUAGACUUACCACAAACACCGCGGUUGAUCGGAGACGACGACAGCUAGCAAAACCGACUAGGUGGCAGAAAGAAUGAAAGCAAGGAGACGAGAAGAAAGAAAGGAUUUUUUUUGCAUCAAAAUAGACAUUUAAUUCAUCCUGUUGCAUGAGCUUCCGGUCACGGUGCCAAUAUUGGUGCCAGCAGUCAUUAACAGUUUGGCACGCUUCUUUCUAAUGGAAUUCUUCGUACUUGUAUUUUUAUAUCUAAAUCUUUGUAAAACAAAUGCUAGUCUAUGUAUUGUAUUGCAUUAAAAUUGUUUGUAUUUUUUGUAAGGAUGUAUAAGACCGGAUCCAGUGACUUGAAAGACUGAUUGACUGAUUUUGGACAAUUCUGUAUCAGCAUUAGGAAGAGACUUAUUGAAUGUUAUUUAUGAACCUCUUAGUCUUAUAGGGAUUUUUGUUUUUUUAAUUUAUUUUUGUUUAUUUGCACACAUCAAUGCUAAAAAAAACUGUGUUUAAAUCUAUAUUGUGAAUAACCAUUGCUGCUGGAAUUGCGAAAUCUAAAGGUUUAUGGGGAAAAACUAAUGCACUGUUUAAGAAAUUUAAAAUAAUGCGCUGUUAACAUUGACUAUUCUCUUUUUGGACUCUUCUGAAGCUGUGUUUUUUAAUUUAAUUUUGUAACAUUCUUUUAUGAAGCUUAUUAUCGUUAUAUGUGCAUGUUAACAUGAGGCGUAAUUUUAAAUAAUGAAAAAAAUCAUUCCAAGGAUAUAUAAAAGCAAAAAAAAAUUGUAAUGACAUUCUAAGAAUGAUUCAUUGUACAUUUUAUGACCAUUUUCACUGUAUUUGGUGAACAAAUAAAUGGUUGAAGGCUGUAAGGACACAAAUAUUGAUCCGCUUUCUCGUUGUAUCUGUAUUGCAUUUUGGAUGAAUUGGUUGAAGAAUUUAAAAACGAUUUUUUUAACCUUUUAGUAUACAGCAGCCAUACUCAUAAAAUUCCACUGUAAUAUACAACUACAAAUAAACUGUCGACUGGUAUAACCA